ACAUAAGAAAAUAUGAUAUGGCAUCUUGUAAUGCCUAUAAAUAUAGCUAAUAGUAAUAGACUUGCAUCCUCAGAUAUAAUUAUAAGGCUUCACUGAAGAAUCAGUUCCAUAUCAUUUGCAGCUGCGCUACAAUGUCGCGACCAAUACCCAUUGAAGAAAUGGUGAGAGUGUUCAAAUCACGUCACAGAACAAGUCAUUUGUUCAAGAUAGACAACUUCUCGUUGUUCAAAAAGUACCAACUCGAAAAGGUCAAUUCAUCUGUUUUCGAUCUCGGUGGUCACAAAUGGACACUUCGUGUGUUUCCAAAUGGGCGUAAGAAUGCAAGUGGUCAUUAUGUCUCUAUCUUCUUAAUGAGCCAAGCUUCGGUAAAUGUAAAGAUCGAAUAUGAACUCUUUGUCGUCAGUCAACUAGAGCAAAAAUGGGAAUCUUCUGGCCACAGAGAAUUCGGUAUCCAUCCAAAACCGACUGGCAAGGGGAAUCCAAAACUAAUAUCUCUUGUUGAUCUUGAGAGGAACGGGUACCUUAUUGGAGACAGUUGUAUGUGUGGUGUCAAGCUUCAUGGGAUUGAACCUGCCGAAUCCGGAACUGCUGAAUGUUUUAGCUUAAUUGAGAAGCCUCUCAACAACAAAGUCACUUGGAUGAUGACCAGGUUCUCAUCUUUCGACCCUGAGAAGGCUCAUCAUUCUCAUGAAUUUGUCGUUGGAAACAGGAAAUGGAGAAUUCAAGUUCAUCCAAGAGGGUUUGAGGAGGAAAAAGACGAAUCAUUUUCUGUAUAUCUGUUAGGUGAAGGGUUCAUAAACAAUGCGUCGAAGACAGAGACUUACGCAAAAUUUAAGCUGAGGGUAUUGGAUCAAGUUAACCGCAAUCAUGUUGAGAAAACAUGUUCGGGUUGGUUGGAGACAUCUAAGGGCUUUGCAGACUUCAUGUGUCUGACGAAACUUGUUGAACCUUAUCUGGUGAAUGAUAAGCUGUACGUGGGAGUUGAUUUUGAAGUCGUUUCUGUGGCUACAUAUUGCUAACUCGGCAGCGUCUUGUCUUUUAUAAGUCAUGUUGUGAACUACUAUACCAAUAAGUGAUAUAAUGUAAUGAAUAAGAUCCGGAGAAUAUACUUUUGGAGAACUUCCAGCUAUCAAAGAUACGAAGAGCUAUAUAUAUGGUGUGUAACGUUCCCAGAGCUAAAUGUUCACGCCGAUGUCCUAGCAAAGGAAACUAGAACCAGAAACGUUUUAUUUUUUCAUGUAAACUAUAUACGGUCAGUUAUUCUUCGGGAUAAAUUUAUUGUUAGUCCAAACUUAGUUUAAGAAUAUGGAUAAUUGAUAAAACAUGUAUAUAUAGUGUGUAAAAGACACUAAUAUAUAUGGUGUGUAUCAGUUUCUUCUAUUUCUUCAUUUUAUAAUCAAAGUUCUCCUGGUGGUUUU